AAAAAUCUCUCCUCAGCAAUUCGAAAUAAGUCCACAACCUACCAGUCUCAAAUAGUCUGAUCAUCAAAUCCCAACACUCAAGACACUACAGUCUAGCUCUUACCUACCCAACGGCGCUUCCAGACUUUUUACUCGGCUUUUACUCACGGAGGGUCCAUCAGUGUAUACAAUGGCAAUUGAUCGUAACAGUCGUGCAUGGAACGUACCAAUCAUUCUUUCCGACUCGGCAACAGGGGUGACAUCCCCGGUUGCAGAUUUCUAUUCGGGAUCUCCGGGCACACCUACCGCCUGGAUGGCGCAGUUCAAGCAGAUGAUUAGGGGCUUAGAUAAAGAUCUUGAUCGUAAACGAACUUCAGAAGGCAUCUACUGUGCAAAUUGGAGGAGGUACCAAGUCAGCAGCCGCCUCUUUUACGGCGCUUUGGUCACACACGUCUAUCAUAAGCGACCAUGGUAUCGCCCCUGUGGCUCCGGCGAGUUGCACUUCGAUAUAUCGUGCACUAUCACUCCGCACUGGGCCAAAAGUCGACGGGAGGACAUAAAGCGAACGGCGGUGUACAUGGAGCGGAAACUUCGCCGACUGGCCGAAAUCGAGUACGCCAAAAAGCGUGUAGAGUUCGCUCUUACAAACAAAUGGCCCUCAUGCGAACAAGAAAUCAGAUUGAUGAAAGAAAUCAUUACAGACCUUGCGCGAGAGUUGAUAGGGGAGCAUAUCGCUACUCGGUUUCUCUUUCUCCAAGGAAGAACCAGAAGAGAUUACAGAAAUAUUGUCGGGCAAGGGGAAGAGCCCGGACUAAGUCCUAUGUGGAUUGAUGCGAUUGAGGAAUAUAUCGACGUCUUGCUAGGGCCUCAGAGGACACGACUUGAGAUUCUAGAGUCGGUUUUGAAGGAUGUCGGUGAGGAGUUAGGCGACAGUUUGGUCUCGCUUCCCAAGUUGCAUUAUCAUUAGUCGUACAUUGUGUUGGUGCUUAUGAAACUACGC